CGAAGCUACUCUGAAGACUUCAAAGCUUUUGCUUUAAAAUCUAAGCACAAAGCCUCCGGCCCUCCGCCGCUGCAUGCAAACACAAACACCACCGCCACCGCCGCUUCUCCGAUAAAGUGUUGUAGUUGCAUCUAUGGAUGCAAUUAUUUCUGAGCCUGGUCCGGUGGACGGGAGUUUAUUGACUCAACAACACUUGCAUAGGUCGCAGUUGAUUUGGGAUGGCGAGGAUGUAGCUGAUUUUCGUCUCAGAAGCAACUUUAACCAGUAUUGGGUUACUGUAGGAUGUUCUCCACCUGCACCGGACGUUAUGCAGGCCAUUAGGGAUGCUGGUUUUGGCGGAGUAUACCAGAUAGGGGCAUUCAGACACGAUGUCGGGUUGAUCACAGCCUUUAUUGAGAGGUGGCGUCCCGAGACUCACACUUUCCAUUUUAGGUUUGGAGAGGCCACCAUUACCCUGGAGGACGUUCAUCACAUUCUCGGGAUUCGCACUACUGGACUCCCCGUUAUACAGUCUGAGGUUAUCUCAAAUUUGGAGGUGAAGAGGGAGAUUAUCACUCAGCUAUUAGGCCUAUACCCAUCUCCAGAUGACGUUGUGAAUAGAUCUGGGAUAAAGAUCCCUUGGUUGGUUAAGCAUUUUGGUGAUUGUUCCCGCUUGAUUGAGUUUUCCGCUGAUUAUGAUGUGCAGCUGAUAUUCCACGUAAGAGCACAUCUGCUUCUUGUCAUCGGAUCUAUGUUUUCAAACUCAUCUGGGAAUAGGGUCCAGUUCCACCUUUUGACCCUGCUACGUGACCUUACUAAGAUCGGUAGUUUUAGUUGGGGCAGUGCUGUUCUUGCGUACUUGUACAGGAAGUUGUGCGCAGCUAGUAUCGGGAAGAGGCAUGGCUUUUGCGGGUGUGCGACACUAUUACAGGUGUGGGUUUGGGAGCGUUUCCCCUCACUUGCUCCAACCAUCACUGAGGAGGCUCUUUUCAAGCAUCCCCUUGCUCUCAGGUGGAAGGUUCGUCUUAGCAGGACUGCUGUUCCGUGUUCUCAGACACGUAUAUUCCGGUAUGAGCUGGAUACGAUGACAGCUGACCGGUUUAUCUGGAUGCCUUACGCAGAUUUGCCUCAUACUUGUAUGCCUGGCUUGGAUGCAGAGAGACUAUGGACAGCGAGGUGUCCUUUAUUGUUCGCAUCUUAUGCGGAGUGGUGUUAUAUUGACCGAGUUACAAGGCAGUUUGGAUUUGUGCAGAGUAUACCACAUGCUUCGCCUGAUGAAUGCCAUGACAGACUACACCAGAAUUCUAUAAAUGAGAGUAUUGAUUGGGUCACAGUUCGAGAGCCUUAUAUUCGGCUUUGGAACUCACGGAUGAGUCAUACACUCAAGCCUCCCAAGUAUGAUGUUGGUAUUGGGUGCACAGCAGAUUAUGAUGGUUGGUAUGAUACUGUUACUCGCCGCUUCAUAGUUCGUCCUGAUCGUUGGAUUACUGAGGCGGGUUUUCAGGGGACGGGAGGAGUUUAUCAGUUUUAUCAUGAGGGGAUAUUAGCAGCGCGCGAUGCCAUUUGCACUACUGAGCCUCGCGUGCAUGAUGCACGACGUAAUUUAGGGGAGUGCAUUACCUCCACCAAGGUGAGUUCUGCAGGACGACAUGGUUCUCGCAGACAUAUUGCUAGCGGGAAACGUAGAGGUCGACCUAGGAAUGUGAUGGUUGAGUUAGAUGUCGGUAUCUUGGGAGCCACAGGCCACCUUCAUAUGCACACGAGAUCUGAGUCCAUGAAAGACAGCGAGGGUAGCUCACAGAAAGUUGUGUGGGAUCCUUGGGUGCAGCCUACUACACAGGAUUCACAGGGUUAUGCUGGAUGUGAUUCACAGGGUUAUUCCCAGGGUCACUGUGAUGACAGUCAUGCUGGUGAUUUUCAGGACUUCAGUCAUUUUCAUUCUCAGGCAGCUGGUGGUUCGCAGAAGUAUUCCCGGACUCACUUUGAUGAUAGUCAUGCUGGUGGUUCUCAAGAUUUUGGCCAUCUUUAUUCUCAGGGGACUGGUGAUUGUGUUGCAACAGUUUUUCAACAGGAGCCUCUCGUUCUUAAUAAGCACAUCCAAAUGAGCGAGAAGGGACUUUUUGACUAUUCUGAGACUGAGCAGAAAGUGGAAUACAAGGGACAUCAAUCUGGAUUUAAGAAUGUCUCCUGUGCUGGACAGCCAGAGGGUUCCCCGGUUCAAGACAACCUAUGUGAACAACUGAAUAAAAGACCUAUUCCAGAGUGUUAUGACAGUAUUACAUCUGAAUUACAAUCGGUGAGACUAGAGGAUCGUAUUUGGAGGUUGGAGAAUAUUUUUAAUGAGAUUAAACGAGUCAAACUCUAUGGAACGUCUGCAGGGAAUUUAGAAAUGUAGUUUUUGACAUGGCAUAUAUGUGCUUCGCUAGUUGAUUAUUACUGAUCACUUGUGAUAUGUGAAUUUACU